AUGGACAUGCGCGCGGCGUGCGCGCGCCGCGCCGAGCGCGCGCUCGAGCUCGGGGCGCACGAGAGCGCGGUGCGAUGGGCGUCGUUAGCGCUCGGGACGUUGGACGCGACUUUGGACGACGACGGCACGGCGCGGGCUCGCGCGCGAGGGCGCGAGGGAUGGCUCGCGGACGCGCGCGCGUUGGAGAUCAAAGGCGACGCGUUGGUCGGGUCGAUGGACGUCCGGGGUGGGGUGGGGGCGUAUCGCGCGGCGCGGACGACGCGCGCGCGGGCGCGCGGCGGCACGCGCGGAGGCGGCGCGGGCAGGGCGAGCGAGGAGGAGAUGGCGCGUGAAGAGGCGAUCGGGAUGAAGCUCGCGCGUGCGUUGGCGUCGAUCGGGGACGCGACGGCGUUGGUGGAGGCGAGAGAGGUGUUGGAGGCGACGCCGGUGGAGCGCCGAACGCUCGAGCACGGGUUGUUGAGCGCGAGAAUAGCGAGGAGCGAAGGGCGCGAUCGAGCCGCCGUGACGGGGUAUAAAGAGGUUCUGUUGAAAUGGCCGUUCGCGAUCGAGGCGGCGGUGGCGCUGGCGGAGCUCGGGGUGAAGGCGGUGGACACGCGGCGGGCGCUUCGCGACGCGGCGACCGACGAGGACGCGCGCUCGGCCGAGUUCGGUGCGCUCGAGGCGUACGUCACGGCUUUUGCCGCGCUCGAGGCGGAGGACACGCUGACGGCGCGAAACGCGGUCGCGCAACUGCGUCAAGAGUUCCCGAAUGAUCCGUUCAUCGCCGAGGCGAGGGCUCGAAUCAACGCCGACAACGAUCGAGACGCGGAAUCAGCCAUGCGCGAGUACGCGGCGAUUCGCGCGAGGGAUCCGCACUUUGUGCGCGGCAUGGAUGAGUAUGGGCUCAUGCUUUACGACAACGGUCACAAACAAUCGCUCGAGGCGUUGAGCUCUGAAAUGCUACGUUUAAGUCCCCACGCGUCCGAGUCGUGGACGUGCGCGGCGCUCUACUUUGAGACGAAACUAGGUAGCGGUAGAGGCGGUAGAGAGGAGGCUUUUGCGGCGGCAGAGAAAGCUGUGAGGAUCAAUCCGCGCUCACACGUCGCGCUCUUGGUGUUGGGAUCAAUUUAUCUCAGGGCGAAUCGUUAUAAAUCUGCGGUUCGCGCGUUCAACCAGUGCAACGCCAUCAAAGUUUCGUUGAAGGCAUACCACGGACUGGUCAAGGCGUACCUCGCCCUCGGAUCGACGGCAAACGCGAUGAUGUGCGCGCGUCAGGCGCACAAACGAAGUCCGCAAAACGCGCUCGCGUGGAGUUUACUCGGAGAUGUGCACGCGAGGAACCGGGACGAGUACGAAAAGGCGAUCAAGGCGUACGAGCAAGCGCUCGCGUACAAUCCUCGUCUCGUCCGAGCGGUCAAGUCGCUCGCGGCGCUCAAUAUCAAGAUGGGAAAAGUACACGUCGCGCGCGCCAUCUUGCAGCGGCAGUUGGACGAUUAUCGACCCUCCGACGAGGAUGAGCUCAUCCAGUUGUACUGCCGCCUGGCCCAGGUGUUGAUGCUGUCAAGACAGACCGCCGAGAGUGUCAAGUAUUACACGCGCGCGUUGGCGAUCCGACCGGACUGUGUCAUCGCGCAAAAAGCGCUGGAGAAAUUUGAGCAGACGCGGAACCCAAAAUUCGCAGCAGCGUUGUCCGAGGAGGACGUAGAAGGAAACGAGGACCACAUGAUGGACGACGACGUCGAGUCUAGAGAAAACUCUGAGGAGUGGAUGGAGCAACGAGGCGCGUGA